GCCAAAUCCGGAGGUCGCCAUGAAGUCGCACCGAUUGGUCAUUACUUAAGUAACAUUGCUGGCAUGCUGCCGCACUGGUGAAGAUACAGAGUACAAGGCAUGACGCCUGGGCAGCCAGGGUCGGUGUGGAGUUGUGGAACUUCUCACCCGUCACAGAUCAGGAAGGGUGGAAGGCUGUGAGUGGAAGCAUGAGGUGGGUGGUGGGCUGAGUAAGGGGCUGUCUCAUCCCUUUAAUUGAACCCGUCGUCAUUGCUGCAACGCCAGCGAAACCGACAGGCCGAACGCCAGCGGGAUUCACGUGCAACCAUCCGUCGUCCGGAUGGAACCGAGGAGGAAGGCGAGCGGUGCUCGUAAUAAGGGCAAACAAGUUGCCAGAAUGCCUCCAGUUUGCUGUCACUCUUGCUUCAUGAGGUUGCGUUGGCAGUUGAUCUGGGGUGGAGAGUGGCUCCGCUCUUGGUGCCGUUCAACCGUCCGUUUCUCUCUUGACGGCUAUCAACUGAACUCGUCACCCUUUCUAGAACUUCGACUUCAUCAGAUCUCCAUCCAGCUUUUAUUCGAUUGUGCCAUGGAACACUAGAGUUCGAUACGACCGCGCCAGCGAUUGCCCCCGUCGCACAGCGGCAGAUACCGGCAGAUCAACAAAACCGCAACGGUCAGCCAAGCCCAGGAGACGGAGCUCGAUUUCUUUCCGGAUCCCGAACGCCGUUUGCUCACACACUCACGCCUCGGCAUUUGCGAGCGGUCAUAUCGGCGAUGAGAUCACAAAGACCAUGCCCUAUGCCUCUUUCUUAUUAUUGACGCUGCGUUCCGUGUUCUGUCAAAAUCUUCGAAAAACACGAAACAUUCCAGUCAAAUCACUCUCUUCAGACCCUGAACACACUGCCAAGUCCCCGAGCUGUCCAGAAACGGCAACGGUACGGUCUGUCAUCGGAAUGUCACUACCCUCGUCUGAUUGGUUGCGCAAAAGACAGAGAGAAUGUCACUGCCUCGAAAUGAUUGGUUCAAUGGCUUCGGCAGUUGUGCGUUAAGGCUGAGAACCUUAAUAAACUCGAUGCCAAAUGGCAGCCAAGAAGAGACCAUUGAUAUUCAGACUUUUUUUUCUUUUUCCUUUCUUGGAGUUGGGAAACUUCUUGAGUCUCUUGUCAUCAAGAAGAGAAAAAAACACCAAUUGUUGUGAAAACACCACUCAGUUGUUCAGCUUCUUUUGCAUCUCCGUCACAACAAUCGUCCUUCUGUGAUCUCUCCACCGGCACUUACACCUCUCAUCUCAACUCCGCUCAGGAGAAAGUAAACAACAAUGCCCACCACAAACCCUAACCCAGCUCCCUAUCAACCCCCCGACAUCACCGAAAAGCCCACCACCACCACCACCACCAUCACCAGCAAUGACCCCGAGAAGCAAACUCUUCCUCCCCCCUUCCCACCAUGCGCCGAACCAAAAUCCACCUUCCAAGCCCUAUCCUUCCUCGACCGCUUCCUAGCCCUCUGGAUCUUCCUCGCCAUGCUCAUCGGCGUCCUCCUCGGUAACUUUGUCCCCAACACCGGCCCCGCCCUCCAUCGCGGCACCUUUUUCGACGUUUCCGUCCCAAUAGCAGUCGGACUCCUGGUAAUGAUGUACCCCAUCCUCUGCAAAGUCAAGUACGAGUCCCUGCACAAAGUCUUUCAAGAAAGAGAAGUCUGGGUGCAACUUGCCUUCAGCAUUGUGGUGAACUGGGUGGUAGCGCCGCUGUUCAUGCUCGCCUUGUCGUGGGCGUUCUUGCCGGAUGAGGAAGGGUUAAGGCAGGGAUUGAUUCUGGUUGGUGUGGCGAGAUGUAUUGCUAUGGUUUUGAUCUGGAAUAAUCUUGCCAACGGCAGCAGCGACUACUGCGCCAUCCUCGUGGCGGUCAACUCCCUCCUUCAAAUCGUCCUUUUCGCACCGCUGUCGUUGUUGUUCAUACGAGUCUUUGACCCCAACAGCACCACCGCCAUCAGCAUCUCCUACUCCACCGUCGCGACCUCUGUCGGCAUCUUCCUCGGCAUCCCCCUCGCUGCCGCGAUCAUGACCCGCUUUGCCCUCCUCUUUCUCACCUCCCCGGACUUUUACAACAAGAAGUUUAUUCCAGUCAUCUCCCCCCUCUCCCUCAUCGGCUUGUUGUACACCAUCCUCGUGCUCUUCGCGUCUCAGGGAAAGCAGGUGGUCCACCAGAUUGUCUCCGUCGUGAGGGUGUCCGCGCCGUUGAUUGUUUAUUUCACCGUAAUCUUCUUUGCUACCUUGUUCGCGUGCAGGAGGUUGGGGUAUAGAUACGAAUUUGGUGUUACCCAGAGUUUUACCGCGGCGAGCAACAACUUUGAGCUGGCGAUUGCCGUUGCGGUGGCGGCGUUUGGGGCGGAGAGUGACCAGGCUCUUGCGGCGACGGUUGGGCCGUUGAUUGAGGUGCCGGUUUUGUUGGGGUUGGUUUAUGGGGUUAGGUGGGUGGUUAAGAGACGGGGGUGGGAGUGA